UCUUAUCAGCUUAAUAUCUGAUACGCACUCCAUUGGAGUGCCAGAAUAUUAAACUGAUUUUUGGAAAAAGGUGGAUUUUUGGAGCUUGCUCCAAGUCGACCACGAGUUGUCCUGGUAUUGCAGUACCGCCAGGCACGGCUCUCUUUGAUUUAUUAUAAAUAUAAUCUAUCUUUUUCUAAUUAAUCAGUUAAUUCGUGGAGUGAUAAAGUCAUUAUAUCGGUAUUUGAGGUUUCUGAUACGAAAUCGCAAACAUGGUUCAUGGAUCCGUUCGGAGGCCGUGGUGGUGGGUCAUCCCGACGGCGGACCUUGCCGAUAUACUCACAAUCUCCCAUGCCUUCAGGAUGCUUUCCUGCAGGGAUGGGAUCAUCGCGGGGGUCGCCAGGGGGUCGCUGUGGGAGGCGGUACAGCGUAGGACGGGUCAUAACCCAUCACCGGAAGAGGUAGGCCGCUACCUGUCGGGCUCGCGUGAGGAUCCGUUUGGCACCAAUUUCGGCGGUGACCCGGGAUUCUGGGCGACGGUGAGGGCGGCAACCCAGAGACAGUCUCACCGACUGGAGGCCAGCUGGCACCCAGGGCCCAAUAACGACCUGGAAAUCAGAUGCAGGGGAAGGGAAGGCCGACCCGUGAUCAUCCCCCAAGCCUCUGACAACCAGGGUGCCCAGGAGUACUACCUGGCCUCCCUACUGGGUAAACCUGACCAGGGUAAAGUUUCCCACCUCUCAGCGCACUCAGGCAUGGGUAAUGCGUUUGUAAGAGAUGGGAAAUUCACGCGAUUCGCGGACUGGCGGUUUAUUCAUAGGGCCAGGCUGGGGGUGCUGCCUUUAAACGGCACGAUGAGAUGGCGGAACGGGGACAAACGCUGCAGGCGGUGUGGAUACUCUAGCGAGACGAUCCCGCAUGUCCUGCUAUUACUACAUGUAUUCUAG